CGAGAGACAGACGCGCCGUCCCGUACCGUACGUAAGCAGCCUAACCUAACCUGGGCUUACCAAAGCGUGAGAACUCUGUCUGGCUUGUUUGUGAUAAUAUUUUCUACAAUACUGCCUAAUAUUUGCUCGGUGAAUUGGGUUUUAUUAUUGUGCCCAAAUAUUACUUCAAUUCCAGUGUUACAUUUAGUAUGUGCUGUGAUCAAGACUCUUACAGAUUAAUAUGGAACAUGCGUAAGAAAAAGAGACGAAAGAGAUAUCUAACGGAGUCCCAGUCAAAAGACUUAUGAUGGAAAUUUGUGCAAUACAUAUUAUAGAAGGUACUUUAAAGCCAAUAGCAACGUAAAAAUGAUCGCGAGCGUGUAACUCGUGAUGGCUGAAGACAUUUUAUUAGGAGAACGCGAUCAAAAAUUAUCAACCAAAAUGUUAGAAUUACACUACCUAGAAGAAGCAAGAAGCAAAAUGGUUCAUAUCCCCAAUAGUUACAUGUAUAACUUUUGGAUAAAAACGCCAACCGAGGUCGUUGAACUAACAUGUUUGAUGCCCAAUGGCGUGGUUAUCCCACUCGAGGCGAAUCGCAAUACAACUUUAGCAGAAAUCAAAGAAGAUCUCUGGGACGAAGCUAGUAAAUACCCGUUACAUGGAAUAUUAAGGGAUUCACAGUCUUAUAUAUUUUUAUGUAUCAAUUCCAAUGCCGAAUCCGAAGAGUUGCGAGAUGAAAGCAGACGUUUGUGCGAUAUCAAACCCUUUUGUUCUGUACUUAAACUCGUGGAAAAGGAGGAUACCAAGGUCGACAGGAAUUUGGAUUCGCAAAUCGGUCUCUUGAUAGGCAAAGGUUUGCACGAGUUCGUAGCUCUGAAAAAUUCGGAAGUCAACGACUUUCGAUGGAAGAUGCGAUUACUCGGAGACGAAAUCGCUCUAGAUAGACAAAAGAAAUCUUGGACUGAAAAAGUGCUCUAUCAAUUUCCGACUAGAUUAGCCGCUUCGUCCGAUAUACCGAAGAACAUCGAGACUCGACUGAAAGACGGAAACAUAGUUCUCGUUGUAAAGUUCGAAAACGCUGACACAUCGUAUACCUUUUUAGUGCCGCACGCGACAACUCCACGGCAGCUCGUUGUGCUGGCUUUGAAUAAGCGCGCGAACACUCUGACUCUGCGUGACGAACGUCCAAGAGAUUUCACGUUAAAAGUCUGCGGCCAAGAGGAAUAUUUCUUGACCGAUCAUCCACUUAUUCAAUUUAGCUACGUUCAAGAUUGCAUCGCCAAGGACAAUGUUCCAACACUCGUCGCCGUCAAUAUAAACAGUAUCCCCGUAUACAAGGAUCAUGACUAUGAAGAUCCGGACUCCGAUACACUGAAUCGCGGUACCAGACCAUCGUUCUCGACGCUUACGCUGCGAAAGAAAGGAAAGUACACGUAUUCGUGGAAUAUCGAAGAUCAGUUCAAGUUCAACGUCAAUGGGAUUUCGCGGCUCAAUUGCGACGCCGCGCACAGAACGGUGGAAGUUGGCUUGCAGGCUGGCCUGUUCCACGGUGGCAAGUCCCUCUGCGAGAGCCAAAAGACGAAGGACAUAGUGGUCCGUGCCGAUGGCAGUUGCGAGUGGGAGGAGACGCUGAGUUUCGACAUAAAGGUACGUGAUAUACCGAGAAAUACACGGCUAUGCUGCGUUCUUUACGAAAUAGGCAAGACGUCGAAAGGCAUCAAGAGCCGAAAGCUCGUGAAAGAUUCCAAGCAAGAAUAUUUCAUAAAUCCACUGUGUUGGGCAAACACAACUAUUUACGACUUCAAAAGUCAACUAAAGACUGGCGCUAUGACUCUUUACACGUGGGCUUACGCUGAAGACAUUCAAAACGAAGACUUGCUCCAUCCCUUGGGCACCGUCGUAUCCAAUCCCCACAUAGAUCGAGCAGCUGCCCUCAUGUUGACUUUCCCUAGUUAUACAAGAGAUCAAAUAAUUCUUUACCCGUCUCCGGAGAAAAUGGUCGAGUUCGCCACGAAGCUCAGCGAAUCCCGAGAAAAUUCAGCGGAAUUCGAUCCUACCAGCGUUUCUGACUCGGAUCUGCAACAUCACAUAGAUCAACUCCAGCUGCUGGCAGACCGAGAUCCACUGCACGAGCUUCACGAGCAGGAAAGAAAAACCAUCUGGUCGUUGAGGCAGCAGUGCAUCAUGAAAGUCCCGACGAUACUAACGAAGCUGUUGCAGUGCGUCGAGUGGAACGAUCAUAAGGAAGUCUCAGAAGCGACUUCCUUGGUACUCCGCUGGCCAAAGCUGCCCGUCGAAAGAGCAUUGGAACUAUUGGAUUACGCUUAUGCCGACCAAACAGUUCGCAGUUUCGCCGUGAAAUGCUUAAAAGACGUGAGCGACGAAGACCUGAGUCUGUUCCUACUGCAACUCGUGCAGGCUCUCAAGCAUGAAAAUUAUUUGUCUUGCGAGCUCACAGAGUUUUUGUUGAGGCGCGCUUUGAACAAUCAGCGGAUAGGCCACUUUUUGUUUUGGCAUCUGAGAUCUGAGAUGCACGUCGGCUCUGUAUCCGUAAGGUUCGGUCUGAUUUUGGAAGCUUACUGCCGCGGCAGCCAGGAGCACAUGAAAGCUCUUUUCAAACAAAUGGAAUGCUUGGACAAGCUCGGAAGCGCGUGCGAUCAAGUGAAACAGCGAAAAGAUCGUAAAACCGCGCAGCAGUGUCUGCAAGAUUAUAUUAAGGAGGCGCAUUGUCGCGAGGCUUUUUACAACGUUAUGAGUCCGUUGAAUCCAAGUUUUAGAUGGAGCAACAUAAAGGUCGACAAGUGCAGGGUGAUGGACAGUAAAAUGAGGCCACUUUGUUUGGCUUUUCAAAACCUUGAUCAGUAUGGAGACGACAUAUACCUGAUUUUGAAGCACGGCGACGAUCUUCGGCAAGAUAUGCUGACUUUGCAAAUGCUUCGGAUCAUGGAUAAACUGUGGAAAAACGAAGGCUUAGAUUUGCGAAUGAAUCCCUACGGGUGUAUAUCCACUGAUAACAGAGUGGGUCUGAUCGAAGUCGUUUUGAAUGCAGAUACCAUUGCCAAUAUUCAAAAAGAGAAGGGCACUUUCCCAGCCACGGCGGCGUUCAGAAGAGGAUCGCUGCUGGCGUGGUUGAAGGACCACAAUCACUCGGAAUCAACUUUAAAUAAAGCAAUCGAAGAAUUUACAUUGAGCUGUGCCGGUUACUGUGUCGCUACCUACGUACUUGGCAUCGCGGACCGACACUCGGACAAUAUAAUGGUUAAAAAAACGGGUCAACUAUUUCACGUGGAUUUCGGUCACAUAUUGGGUCACUUCAAGGAAAAGUUCGGAAUUCGAAGAGAAAGAGUGCCCUUCGUAUUGACGAACGAUUUCGUGCACGUAAUUAAUAAAGGACAAACUAAGAAAGGCCAGGCUCUAGAAUUCCAGAGAUUCCAAAAUUAUUGCGAGCAAGCGUUUCUAGUAUUAAGACGACACGGUAGUCUUAUUUUGUCCUUAUUCGCCAUGAUGAUUUCUACCGGCUUGCCAGAAUUAUCGUCAGAAAAGGAUCUUAAUUAUCUCCGAGAUACACUGGUCCUGGAAAUGUCUGAAGCUGAGGCUCAAAAACAUUUCCGUAGCAAGUUUGAUGAAGCUCUUUGCAACUCUUGGAAGACCUCCUUGAAUUGGGCAUCUCACAACAUGGCUAAGAGUAAUAAACCAAUGUAAAAUUAAGAUUAAGUUUAUAUAUAUAUAUAUAUAUAUAUAUAUAUAUAUAUAUAUAUAUAUAUAUAUAUAUAUAUACGUGAUAGAUAUUAUUUGUUUCGUAUCAAGCAAUACAAUCAUGAGAUAGAUUAAUAAAGUUGUUUUCUAGAUAUAAAAACUUAUUUGGAGUUUAUUAUAAUUUUAUAGUUUGAUAUUAUACUAUUAUAUAUUUCUUACAGUAUCCGCACUGCAAAAAAUAACAUUCUAAAUAUAGAGAAAUAUUCUUUUACAAAUUUUACGUUACUUAUCAGUAACUUAAUUUAUUUAAGAUUAUUAAUAAGAUUAAAAUUUAAUAUACUUGUGUAUUCGAUUAUUUUUGACUUUGGAUAAAUGAUUAAAAUUAUACUAUAAUUAAAUGUAAAAAAUCAUUUACAA